AUCAUUAGGGUUUCCUUUUCAUGGAGAAGAUAACCCUCUAAGAGAGAGAAACAAUUAACCCAGGCUCAGGUGUCUGCUGAGAUUUCAAAUUCUCAACAACUAUGGUAGGUCAACUGCUACUGCAACGUUGACAUUUUCUCAGGCAUGUUUCCAUAAAAUGUUAUGUUGUGCUUAUGUUUCUUGUUUUUCACAAUGCAUGAGUUGGGUUUAGUUCCAAAAUAGGCAAAGGUUGUAACUUUGCUCAAAACCACAACAUGGUUGACACUCUCUCAUUCUGAGCUUAAAAUUUAGACAUAGUCUAACUUGAAUUUCGAUUUGGAAUACUAUAUUUUGAAAAUGUAUAGGGUUCAUUCUCAUUCUCAAAUUCUUCAGAGCAAUGGUGCUAUCACUAGCCCCCCUAUUCUUUCUCCAUAUUCUUCUUCAUCACUGCCUUAUAGUUCUAACUAUCAGAAUCAGAGACAGUCAGCUCCAUCCCCAGCUUCUUCAUCUGGGGGUAGAAUAAGCCCUGCAAUUCUUUUCAUUAUAGUUAUUUUAGCUGUGGUGUUUUUCAUCUUGGGUCUGCUUCACUUGCUUGUUAGAUUUCUCAUAAAGCACAGGUCUUCUUCAUCAAUUUCCCAAUCCAAUAGAUACCCUGACAUGUCUGAAUCAGAUGCUUACCAGAGACAGUUACAGCAACUCUUCCAUCUUCAUGAUUCAGGCCUGGAUCAGGCCUUCAUAGAUGCUCUCCCUGUCUUCUUUUACAAAGAGAUAAUAGGCUUGAAAGAGCCAUUUGAUUGUGCAGUUUGCCUCUGUGAGUUCUUGGAACAAGAUAAGCUGAGAUUGCUUCCCAUGUGUAACCAUGCUUUUCACAUUGAUUGCAUAGACACAUGGUUGCUGUCUAAUUCAACUUGUCCUCUUUGUAGAGGAACUCUUUAUUCACCAGGCUUUGCCUUUGAAAACUCAGUUUUUGACUUUGAGGGUCCACAUGAGGAAGAUGGGAUUUCAGGCAGUGGUGGGGGUGGGGUUGCUUCUGUUAACAAAACUACAGAAAGUCAUAUAGUGAAUGGGAAAAGGGUGUUUUCUGUCAGGCUUGGAAAAUUUAGAAGCACAAAUGAUGGAGAGAGGGUAGAGAAGGGUGAAGGAGAGAGCAGCAAUGGCAAUUUGGAUGUAAGGAGAUGCUAUUCAAUGGGGUCAUUUCAGUACGUGGUUGCUGAUUCAGAUCUGAGAGUGGCUUUAUGCCCAAGUAGAGGUGAUGGAGGUAGCAGUGACAGCAUGAGACUGCUGAAGGGAAGAGCAGCUCCAAAUUUGAGUUCUUCCACUGAUGGGGAUGUUGAGGGUAAAAAAAUCAACAUUGCAAGGAAAGGUGAAAGCUUCUCUGUUUCCAAGAUCUGGCAAUGGUCUAGGAAAGAUAAGUUAAUAAGUUCAUCAGAUGCCCAUUUCCAUAAUUCUGCUGUCACUUCAAAUUUGCCAUGGAUGAAUAAAGCCAGAGGUACAUGAUGCACGAAGCUACUCUGUAUUCUGUAUUUUAACUACUUUCAUAUUUUCAAUGAAUGAAUCCAUUUGUUGAGCUCCUGCU